AUCAUUUUAUCAAGGAGGAUCCUGAACUAAAUUUGGAGGUGGCAGCCUCAAUAAGAAAUGCAUCUGAUAGUUUAAGUUUAAUUCAAAGUGCUGGUGACAGCUGUAACGUUUCGUAUCAAGAAGCAUUACAUCAAGGACUAGUCGAUGACGAUCUGGAGAUAGAUACAGAGAUGUCAACAGAUUUCAGUAUGUCUCAUAACUAUAGCAAGUUACGGACUUCACAAGAAGACAGCUUAUGUGGCACAAGAUUAAGUUGUAGCAACAGGGAAAAGGAAUUCCAUAAGUUUAACUGUAGUUUCUGCCUACAGAGCUUCUCUUCAAAAUACAGACUCAUAAUGCAUAUCUUCAUCCACAUUGAUGGUGUGCAGGCACCUGCAUAUGUGUGUAAGUCAUGUGGUGAGGUAUUGCCCACUGAUGACAGCUUGAAAGAACAUUUGAGAAUGAGUGAGGGUGACCAAGCAUUAUCAGCUGCCAACAGUGAGAAACUUGAAUGCAGUGAUGACCAUGAAAACAACAUCUCCUUAGAAAGUGUACGAGAAGAAAUUGUGGAACAGACUGAGAAGCAAUCUUCAUCCAAGGAAACCAGGAAAACUUUAAGGAAAUCCUUUAGUGACAUACGGAAUACACAUACUGUGACACAAGUUGCAGAGAAACUCAGAUGUGAUGACUAUGGAAUUAUGUGUACAAGUGAUCAUGUUAAUGUCCACACUGUGCUAAGUGCAAAGAGACAUCACAAAUGUGAUAUUUGUGGUAAAUUGUUUACUCGUUCGGGCAGUCUCAAGGUACACGAAUUAAUACACAUGGGAAAGAGACCCCACAAAUGCCGUGUUUGUGGAAAAUCGUUUACUCAGUCGAGCAAUCUCAAGACACAUGAAUUAACACAUACAGGAAAGAGACCCCAUGAAUGCGGUGUUUGUAGAAAAUCGUUUACUCGGUCGAGCAGUCUCAAGACCCACAUCUUAAUACAUACAGGAAAGAGACCCCACGAAUGCAAUGUUUGUGGAAAAUCGUUUACUCAGUCGGGCCAUCUCAGGAGGCAUUUGUUGACACACAUGGGAAAGAGACCCUGCAAAUAUAGUGUUUGUGGUAAAUCGUUUCCUCAGUGGGGCAGUCUCAAGAAACAUGAAUUAAUACACACUGAACAGGGACCACACAAAGUCAAUGUUGGUGGCAAAUUGUUUUCAGAACUGGAUCAUCUAAAACCCAGAAAUUAAUACACGCAGGAAUGAGCCAUCACAAAUAUGAUACUUGCGGCAAAUAUUUUUCUUCCUCUGGUAAUCUCAAGGAAAUCAUUAGUACACACCGGUAAAUGACAACAUAAAUGUAGUAUUUAUGGCAAAUUGUAUAAAAACUCGAGUAACCUCAAGAAACAGCUAUCACUACACACUGAAUAAAAGGCUACACAGAUGUGAUAUUUGCUGGGAAUCAUUCAAUCCGGUCUAACAUCUUUAGAAGCAUGCAAUAAUACGCAUUACAUAGAGACCACUCAAAGCAUUGUUGAGGUCUGUAGACUUACACAUGUUCAAAGGAGACCACAAGUGUGUUAUGAAUAUUGAUCGCAUGUGCUACAGAAAGGUCACACAAAAGGACAAAUCCGUUUUCACAGCUUCAUGUUCAAAGAAGUUGCAUACUAAAUACAAUAUAUGAAGCACAAAAUUGCAAUUUUUUGUUGUAAAUGCUCCAUGCUAUAACGAUCUGUCUACCAGAAAUUGGUGCAUCGAGAGAUAUCUGUUACUUGUUUGAGUAGAAGUCCUAUGCAGUAAUCAGGACUCCAUAUUCUUCAAGAGAAUUUACCAGUAUGUUGCUAGUUAUUUGAAAGAAACUGCCAUUUCAAUAUUCAUGAAGCUGUAGGCAGUACCCAGGCUUCAGCAUAAAUGUGUUUAUUACACAUCCAUCACUCAGGCUAUUUUUCUCAACGAUGGAGAAAGAUACAAAAAUAUCAUGAUUAUGCAAACAUGUUACUGGGGUAUGCCUCCUUAGUAGUGAUGGUAUUUGUGUGAUCAAAAUUUGCACACAUGUGAACUAUCUGUGCUACUUCUACAUUAGGAAAUAACUGAUGGUGGCAAGUAUGCAGAGAUCAGGCAAAAAUUGUAAUCAUCUGCCUAGUAGCAUUUUGAUUCACCUUCAGACUGCAAUACAACAGUGCUUCUGUAUGGUAUGGACUCAUUAGUUCGCUGUUAGUUUUCCACUAGUAAAUUGGACUAUAUGUCUACACACGUCUCACACAGUUCCCAUUAACUGCAGGCUAUCAGUUUGUUGCUGUGUAGUUAGUAUGCAAUAGCAUCCCAAAUUCGUUUCAUAAUGACCUAAUGAGGUGGGAAAGACAACAGUGUGAGCUAUCAUGAUGCUCAAACCAUUGCAGUGUGAUUCUGACCUUGUGAUUUGGACAGUUAUCCUGCUGUAAGAUGUUGUCACUCUCAGGAAAUACAUCAAGCAUUAAGUGACACAAAGGUUGCAAUAAUGUUUGUGUUCUCCACAUCUGUCAUGGUGCUUCCAAUUAUGACCAGCUGCUUCUUGGCGUCUCAUAUGAAUAUCCCCCAUAGCAUGACAUUGCCACCAUCUUUCUGCACCUGUUGUGUUGUGCAUGUGUUGAACGACUGUUCAUCUGGAUGAUGGCACAUCUGGGCACAACCAUUGACCUGGUCCACAAGAAAUGUCACUUAUCCCAACACGUGACACAUCUUUAUUGGUAUGCAGUCCAAUCUCAAUUAUCCCAUUUGUAUUACUAUAGUAACUGACAAUGUUGUUAGAUCAACAUGGGAAUGCGAAGCUGUUAUAUAACUUGGGGUCUCAUGUUCAACAGUGUAUGCUGAAUAGCUUGAAACUCUUGUUCCUGCUCAAUCAUUUUCUUCUGUCGCCACAGAUCGCCAUCAAUCCCACUUUACAAAGCAGCUAGGUUCUGAUCUCCUUGUUCUAGGUAAUGCAUGGUAAUUCCACAACCUUUUGUCAACUUGUGGAUAUCCCAUCUUUCAACGAUGUUCCAUAGAGGCUAAUGAUAGAAUCAUCUGAGCAGCCAACCAGAUUCACUGUUUUUUAGAUGCACUUACCCAGGCACCAGGCAAAACAAUCUGCUCUUUGGCAAAGUUACUUAUGCCAGUUUUUUACACAUACUGUAACUAGAAUGAUUACCCAUUCAUUGCUGGUUAUAUAGUUUCGUUACUAUGUGACAUAACCAAAAUGCCACUGGGUAGCACACACUCCUCCUAGGGAAGUGGGUAUAAUGAUUUGGAUCAACAGUGUAUCUUGACACAAAAGGAUCUUUUGGUACAUUGCGUAGUAAUUCAACUUUUCAUGCUUCGUUAAAUUUUAUGCCAAUACACUAUUGUCAGUUUAAGUGCCAUAU